GGCCUGGCGGUGGGUGUUGGGUUUGUGGAGGGGGAAAAGACGAAGACGACGACGAGGAGGUGGUGGAGGAGGAGGGAGGCGAAGAUCGAAGAUGAACCGCCUCGGCAUGCUGCUCGACGUGCAGACGCGCAUCCGCACGGAGCCCUUCGCCAGCUUCUACACCGUGGUGGGCAACGAGCUGGGCAGGGGCAAAUUCGCGGUGGUGCGGCGCUGCGUCGAAGUGGCCACGGGAAUCGAGUUUGCCGCCAAGUUCCUCCGCAAGCGGCGCAAGGGGCAGGACUGCCGGGCCGACGUGACCCAUGAGAUGGCGAUACUGGAGGCGGCGCGCAGCUGCCCACACAUCAUCGACCUGCACGAUGCCUUCGAGACGCCCCACGAGAUCAUCCUCGUGCUCGAGUAUGCGGUUGGGGGCGAGAUCUUCAACCAGUGCGUGGCCGAGGGCGAGGACGCCUUCACGGAGGUCGAUGUGCGGCGCCUCAUGAGGCAGAUCCUGGAGGGCGUAGCCUUCCUGCACCGCAACGACGUUGUACACCUCGAUCUCAAGCCUCAGAAUAUCCUGCUGACCAGCGCAUCCCCACUGGGCGACAUCAAGAUCGUGGACUUCGGGCUGUCGCGGCGCGUGAACUCCGCGGAGGAGCUGCGCGAGAUCAUGGGAACUCCAGAAUAUGUCGCUCCCGAAGUGCUGAACUACGAGCCCAUCAGCAAGGCUACGGACAUGUGGAGUGUCGGCGUGCUGGCGUACGUCAUGCUGACGGGGGAGUCGCCCUUCCUGGGCGAGGACAAGCAGGAGACCUUCCUCAACGUCUCCCAGCUUAACGUGAGCUACGAGCCGGAGGUGUUCGAGGGCGUCUCCAUGCAGGCGGUCGCCUUCAUCCAGCAGCUGCUCGUCAAGGCACCCCAUCGACGAGCCACGGCGGAACACUGCCUGAGACACCCGUGGCUGAGUGCGCCGGUGGGGGCCUGCCUCGACGGAACCCCGUCGCGGCCCCGCGAGGACGACUCGUCCUACCUCCUCGCUGAGCCCAAGGCCGACGAGGUGGAGGACAGCGCCAUCGGCUUUGACGCCGACGAGGCCAUCGGCAGCGGCGCGAGCGGCGGCAGCACACCGGAGCCCCGCGAGGUGCGCGUCGCCCACCGCAGCGACAGCGACCGCCGCGACCCCGGUGUUGUCCCCUGCCGCGCCUCCCCCUCGGAGCAGGAGCAGGACUCCGCGUGCGACACGGCCGCGUCCGACGCGGAAGACGACUCGGAGCUGCCGUGCGCACGCGGGGUCUUGCCCGGCUGGAUGGAAAAUCUGGCGGGUGGCGCCGGGCGAGCGGAGGAGCCUGAGCGUGCGCAGGAGCAGCGGGGACGCGGGCGGGACUUGGCCCGCGCUGCGGCAUCCUGGGAUCCGGCGCUGCCGCCGCGGCCGACGUCGCCGUCGGCCGCCGGAGAGUGCAGCGUGCUCGUGCCGCCGUUCCCGUUGGGCCAGUGCCGGCAGGCGGACGUGGAGUUCGCGAAGAAGGCGACAGAUGCCGUGGCCGCCACGAACUGCUUUCAAGCCGAGGAGGCAUACGCCAUCAUCCCGGAGAUGCAGAAGAAGCUGGUGUGCUGAUGGUGGCCCCGUGACGUUUGGUCCGUGAUUCAAACUGCAGGAUCGCUUGGUAGAUUCUCGCGUCCCGGCAGUGUUCCAGGUGUAUGCGUUUCUGAGGCAAUGACAGCGGUGCUUGAGGUUUUUAUUUUACAUUUAUUUUUGGCUUUGGAGGCCCAGGACAAAGGAAAUGUAAACACCCCGAUAGACGGACGGGAAUUUACCAGCAGCUUUUCCUUCUUGCAUGCAAUGCCUUUGCGUUUUUUUCUCCACUCCAUUGUGUUCCCAGACAUCUGGGAGCCGGCAUAAAGUUGAGGCAUGCAACACAGACAGGGCUUUGCCUGCACAAUCAGCCCUCAGAUUCCACGGUUUUUGGCACCUCUAUACGAGGUGGGGGCUUGUCAAAUUGAGACCCCGACACAGCGCUUAGCAUUGAGCAUUCGGUGGAGGAGUGCAGUGCGGAAAGUCGCAACGCCAGUGCUCACUCGAUCCCCACCGAGACGUUAACACUGGCUCCACGACAAGUGAAGCGCAGGAAUGUGCACCGUGUGAGGUUAUAGGAAUAAUGGAUGUUAUUUAUUGAGGCUGCCCAGGGUGGGGGGUGGACGUUAUAGCAUUACAAAACCCCCUUCGUGUAAAAUGGAACAUUCUGCAUCCAAUUUACUACUCAUGUAUACAUUUAGUUUUGAGUGUUCUAUUUUAAUCGUAGAGGUGUUUUGUAUUAAUCCCCUGCCUCUCCUCCCACCUUGGAUGUAGUCCUGUGAAAUGUUAACAUCCGUUGGCUUGUGCUGCAUACAUUUGUAUUUUGUGUUUUCGCGUGUGGGUGCUGGAGCUUGUGUGUGUGUGUGCGCGCGUGCGUGUGCAUAAAUAGAAUGGUGUAAACUUUAUUCCCAGAGAUUGCUUAUAGAUGGUCAACUUUGUAUAUAGUUAAAUAUGCACUAUAUACACCAAUGUUUUUAUCCUGUGUUGUGUAAUCACACUUAUUUAAACACUGAUGGUAAGGCUUCAUUGUGUGUGCGUGUGUGUGUGUGCGUGCAGGUGAGUGUAAAUGUCUUGUUGCUGAUUAGUUGCGAUGUAUAAAGCUGGACUGAGGUCUGUUACCGUUUUUAGGCUAUUAUUGACAUGCCGGUAUAAUGUCAGUGAAAUAGAGACUCACAAACCAGGCUCUUUGUCAAGAACAACACAACGUUGACGCAGAACAGCGCAUGGGUCGAGGUGGGCAGGCAAGGUGUGUUAUUUUAUUUAGAGUAGGUAAAUUUCAAAUGAUCAGUGGGUCUAAAAACAGCGAUACCUCUUUGAAGUAAUAACUCCAAAAUCAGAAUAACUUAUAUUUAAAAUGUGUUUUUUUUAUAAUUUUACUAUGACUUGUAUCGUCUUGAAUAAAAACUGUUAACAGUCACAUUUAUAUUUUCCCCAAAGAGAGCUUGAUGUUCAGUGAACUCGUACAUUUAUUUAGUGCAAUGUUAGAGCAUUUAAUGCAUAAAGACAGCAUUCAUUUUUUAUUUUGUGCCUUCGAAUACAAAUACAGUAAUUUAUUCCUUAUAACAAAUUCGUGGUUUAUGAAGUGAUUGCUCUGUAAAAACAUGUCAAUUUGAAAAUCGGACAACUACUGACAAACUAUUUUUGGUGCCUUAUAAAAAAAAGUGUAUGAAUGUACUUGGCUGAACACCUUCCCAAUCACGUAAGAAUUCGAUUGCCGUGUGUGAUGACGCUUUUGUAUUCUGCGAUUCGCUGUUACAGAGGUGGCUGAAAUGAUUCAGCCGACCUGCGUUGAAUCAAUCCGUUAUAACGUCGCAGCCACAUUUCACAUCGCGAGCUUCAAUGAGAAAACCUGCCGCGAGUAACGGAACCCAAAUUCCACUGAGCUGUCCACUUCAUCUAUCAAUAUUUAACAUUUAUUUUACUACGUCAGGAUUAUUUGUGUUGUUUCAUGUUACUAAUAAAAGCUUAAACUUCUCUUUUUUGAUAUUCA